AUGUCGCCAACCAGGAAGCGCACAAAAUGCUUUACGGGCUGUUGGACGUGCCGCAGCCGCAGAGUGAAAUGCGACGAGGCCACUCCGUCUUGCCAAAGAUGUCGGCAAAGGGGAAUUGAGUGUGAGGGAUAUGGCGUCCGUCUUAACUGGAAACAUUACAAUGCAGCAGGCGACCAUUCGGACGAAUCGGCGCAUGAGCUGGACGACGGCGAAUCAGUCGCAUCCCGCGCACGCUCAAGGCGGUCGAUGACAUACAUUGGCGUCUCAGAUAUUCCCCGGAUACCUUCCCCAGAAAUUGACAAUGCGCUUGAUCAGAUUGAGCACUGGUCCGCACAAAAGUCUCCCUCUCGCAGCCCGCGCUUGCAAAGGGCCGGCUUUGCCGUCUUCCCCAUCGACCUUCCUCCUACACCAUUCUCCGAAGACGAUGCUGAAGCGGGAUUGCCACCGAAUAAUCGAUCUGCAAACCGCCUGGAUGCUCUGAGGGCCCAAGACACCGAGUUACUGCCUACGCCACCAGACUCUACCUCGUGCCCAACACUUACCUUGCCACAAACGCCGUUCAGCCUUCGACGACAAUCUGAUACACCUCCUCAACGCACAAGCCAACAAGAACACGAUGCGCCACAACUGCAGACGGAGUCUAGACCGGGCGCUUCGCUCACUCAUCUGGAUGUCAUUCAAAUGCCAUCCACACAGAAACGACUUGUCCAUCAUUGGGUCACCUUCACUAGCCGAAAGAUCACCCUGCUAGAUGAGCCACAUAACCCCUGUCGCACCAUGAUGCUACCAAUGGCCCUUCAAGGACUAAUAUCUAGCUCGCAAGAGUCGAACCCAAGUGUAGUGGUCUUCCAUGCAUUAUGCGCUGCCGCAUCUUGCAACUUGUUUGAACUCGGUGGGCGAAAGAAUGAGCAGGAUCGUUUAGUAGCACUCUAUCACGACGAACAAGCCAUCAAACACCUGCGGGACAAUUUGUCGCGUGCAGACGAGCACACUGAUCAGUCCUUUGCCAUGGCCAUUAUGGCUUGUAUUAUGGUCGAUGCCAUUUCUGGCACGACGCAACGCUGGCGCACACACGUGUCUGGGGGACUGGCGUAUCUCGCCAAGCUACGAUCCAGAGGUGUAGAUGAAAUGAUGCUGGCUGCCUUUCAGAGACAUAUGGUGUCCAUGGCAAUCCUUUGCGAUGUGCCGGUGGCAGAUGAGCUGAAGUCCUUUCUUGAUGCCCAACAGCCUCUUGACCCGUUGGAGACAACGUUCCCGUACUAUGGUGUAUCGCGAGCUUUUCUUCAGGCUCAUGAUAGGAUGAAUCAGUUAUCAACAUUGCCGCCACCGGCACUGUCAGCUAUGGAGAAAGAGCUGGAUGCAUUCGAAAUGCAGCUCUAUCUCAACUUCCCCACGCCGCCAGCCCAGUUGCUGGCAGCGCCAACAGACCCUCAAGGCUUGAUUCUGCACCACAUUGCAAAGGUGUUUUACUAUGCACACCUCGUCUUUUUUCAGCGCAGCAUUCGGCACGCCUCAUUGGCGUCUGUCCAGACACUAGUGGAUUUGGGUAUUCGCGAGGUUGAGGCUAUUGAAAAAGUCGGCAGGGGAAAUCUGGGCUGCAUGAUGCUGUGGCCCGUGUUAGUGUUAGGUGCGGAGUGCGCUCCGCCUAUGGACGACCAGGGGACUGGUUUGAGGCAUCGGAUGAAAUCGUGGUUCAAAGAGCAGUCCAAACUAGGUUUCCGUAACCUGGUUGUACUGGAGAACUUGAUUGAAGCUGUUUGGGAUGCUCAGCAAGACAGCGCCGACUGGCGAGACUUCAUCGCUGAGCCCGAGUUUGACGUAUUUAGACUGUAA